GGUUUUUAUUCGCUCUUCCUGUCCUCCUGGUCUCUCCUCCCAAACCCAAGUUUUCCACCCGCCGGCCUCUCUUCUCUUCUCCUCUCCUGCACCCACCCAACGACCUCGAUCCCAGUCCCACACGCAAACCCAGAAUUCACCGCGCCAGAUGAGGUCUCCGGACGAGGGCGACGUCAUCCUGCCGGCCCUGACGGCGAUCAGGACGAUGGCGGCGGUGGCUGAGCCUGGGUCUGCGCCGGAGCACACGUCGUCGACCUUCCUUUUGACACCACCGGAAACGGAGCAUCUGCGGGCAGCGGCGGCCGCGGAGGAGGAGGUGGUGGCCGAAUCCAGGACGCCGACGGCGGCUGCGGGCGAGGAGGAGGAGGCGGAGCCGCGGACGCCGACGUCGAAGGAGAGCAAGCUCCAGCCGCCGACCGAGUGCCCUCCCGCGCCGAGGAAGCCGACGGCUUUGUUCAGGACGAGUCCACCCCUGAAGCGGCCGCUGCUGUACUUCGACGUCACGCGCGACCUCUCCGCCGUGUUCAUGUCGCUGCCGCCCAAGAAGCGGAUCCGCGUACCGCCGUGCUUGGUCCCCUGCCGCCCAAGGUGCGGGCCCGCGCGGGGCGAUGAAUCGCUGCUGUAAGCUCGGCUGAUCGGAAUUUACUGGUUCCAUGGCGCAGUUGUUCAUUGAUCGGCGAGUUCUUGGAGUUCCAGUCUCCCUCCUCUA